UUCCCCUUGGGUCAUACCCACUUUUACUUCAACGCGUCAACAAUCGCUGCAACAGGACAGUUAACCUACGUAACCCAAAUUUUGUACGUAACGUGGAACGCGUCGUCGUCUAUCACCACAAGAAGCGAUGCUUCCAGUUGUUGCGGUGUAUUGUUUCCCUUGGGAAGUGAACUCUGGAGCCUUGCAAGAUGGAGAGUCUGUGCGAACAUUUGGCAGACUCACCCAAUAUGAGCCGGAGAAGUCCCAAGCUUCACUAACAACUCAGCAUGAUUCCAAAGAGCACCAUGUUGUCAUCAAUACCUCAUUUGUGGAACCAUUUAAUCCCAUCAUUGGAGCCCAGUAUAUAGUUCUGGGUGAAAUAGAAACAGCUCAGGGAGUUGACGGGGUGAGGGUCUGUGCGCGUGUCCUCAACUGUGUGGACGGUGUAAACAUUGCCCUUCUACAAAAAGUCAUCAAUGAGCAGAGGAGCUUCUUCAAGGAAAGGCAGAGCCAUGUGGAGGGUGCUGCAGUGCAGGAUGCAGACGCAACUUGAUCUUGAACUUGCUCAUGAAUUGCUGACAAUUUGGACAUUUAAAUUGUUGAAGCACUAGUUGUACUGUCGUCUUGUUUGCUGGGUGAUGACUCCGUUGAUGUUCUAAGCAUGGGAUCUGUCUGUUUUAUCUGUAUGUGUGGUUUAUUUAAAAGACUACACAAGAGA